UGUCGUAUUACGAUGAUCCACGAUGAUGUGAAAGUAACUGAUGGUGGGGGUAUGUGUACCAUGUGUCCAUGUGUUCUGAUGUAAUCUGGAGAUUCAGCCUGGACAAUAGAUAGUUGAUCAUUUAGUAAUCAGAGCUCAGUUUCUUAUAACCAAGUUCAAAUUAUUUAAAUAUAAGCCAAUAAAUUUAUAUAUUAAAUUAUUAAAUAGUAAUUACUGUAAAAAAUGGCUUUAGAACCGCUUGGAUUUCAAACAAACAAAUUUCAACACCUUAAAACAGGAUUCAUUGAUUUUACUGCCGGGUCUUUGGGUGGAAUUGCCCUGGUUUAUGUAGGGCAGCCUCUGGAUACUGUCAAAGUUAAAAUGCAAACAUUUCCUGAUAUGUAUAAGGGCAUGGUCGAUUGUUUCACAAAGACAUUCAAAGCUGAUGGUCUUGCCAGAGGAUUGUAUGCAGGAACAGUUCCAGCAAUUGUGGCAAAUGUUGCUGAAAAUUCAGUAUUAUUUGCUGCUUAUGGCGGUUGCCAGACGGCUAUAGCACGACUUACUGGAAAACCAGAUAUCAAAAGUUUGAAUUCGUUUGAUAAUGCCUGUGCUGGUUUUUUCGCUGCAUUUUUUUCUUCUUUAACACUGUGUCCAACUGAGCUCGUUAAAUGUCGACUACAAGCUAUGAGAGAAGUUCAAUCACAGCAGGGUAUUGUCACACGUCACAUUGGGCCUUGGACAUUAACUAAAUCAAUUCUAAAUGAAAAUGGAAUAUUGGGACUAUUCCGAGGACUUUCAUCAACAAUAGCAAGAGAAAUGCCCGGUUACUUUUUUUUUUUCGGUAGCUAUGAACUCACGAGAGGAUUUUUAGCUAAACCAGGACAGAGUCGCGAUGAAAUCGGUGCUCUAAAGACGAUGGUUGCAGGCGCCGUUGGUGGGUCAGUGCUUUGGCUCGUCAUUUUUCCUGCUGACGUUGUUAAAAGUCGUAUUCAAGUACAAAAUUUAAAUGAACCAGCUUUAGCUAUAAUGAAAGAAAUAGCGCGGAAUGAAGGAAUAUCAGCGCUUUACAACGGCCUGAAACCAACUCUUGUACGGACAGUACCAGCAACUGCAACUCUUUUUGUAACAUACGAAUACACAAAAAAAACAUUACAUUCACUUCUCGAUUAACACUAAG